CAGCAACAUCAUCAAUAUCAACAACAACAACAGCAACAGCAGCAGCAUCCACCACCACUACCACAACAACAACAACAACAGCAGCAGCAACAGCAACAACAACAGCAACAACAACAACAACAACAAUCACAAUCACAAUCACAGCCUCAAACAAAUCCUUCACCUUUAAUACAGCAACCACAACAACCAUACCCUUUCGGUGGAUACUUUGAACCACAUCAAGGUAACGGUAUUUUAGAUCUAGUUAAACGAAAAAUUCGAGAAGCAACAACAGGUUAUCGUGGCUUAGAUCCAACCUUAAUGACUCGAAAUAAUAUGAUGAUGCCUAUGGCUCCUAUGCCAAUGCUGUAUUAUCCUCAGCAACAAAUGGUAGGUAAUAAUUUGGAUCAAAUGAUAUUGCAACAGUUGCAACAAUUAUCACCACAACAACAACAAACUUUAUUAGUGAGUUUAUUAACCCAGAAUGGUAUGUUAAAUAGUAACAACGCUUUAUAUGGACAACAUCCUAUGCUUAUGAACCACAAUGGUUUAAUGACAGGAGCAGCUAUGAAUCAACAACCAGGAGGAGGAAUGAUGAUGCCUCAUAUGCCACCACAGCCAAUGAUGCCACAACAACCUCAUCAAAUGAUAAUGCCUAACAACGCUGGAUACUAUCAAUCACCUUAUGGCUAUGGUAACUAUUAUAAUCCUCAACAAAUAAGUUACUAUGGAAAUGGAGCAACAGCGCCUUAUUCAACGACACAUGGGUAUCCUUAUUAUGAUAUUCCAAGACGAGGUGGUGGAUAUUUUUAAUUAUGUUUAUAAAUAUGUAUAUUUUUAUAAAAGAAAGAAAGAAAAUGAAUUUUAAUAAUAUACCCAAAACGGUGAACAAAAAAUAAAAAUAAAAUAAAAAUAAAAAGAUAAAAUACGUGAGAUGACGUACAGCGGUUAGUUUGUAUUAUGUAUCUAUUGUGCGUCUCAG